AUGCAAGACAUAGAAGCGGUGCGCUUUCACAAACCCGGACAUCUCGAUGUGAUCCAGCUGGACACACUUCCUAUUACCCAGCCUUCCGAAACGCAGGUACUGAUCUGUCCCGAUCAUGCGGGAGUCAACUACAUCGACAUUUAUUUCCGCUCGGGCCUCUACCCCGCCAAGCUUCCCAUGACUCUCGGCCAGGAAUGCGGCGGAACCGUGGUCGCUGUAGGCGCGCAGGUGACAGAUGUUGACGUCGGCGAUAAAGUCGUUGCGAUCGCCUUUGGCUCUUUCGCCGAGCGCGUCCUUGCCGAGCGCCGCCUUCUGGCAAAGAUACCCGACGGCCACGACGUGCGCAGCGCCACUGCUGUCUUUUUGCAAGGGCUCACUGCUGUCACACUCACUCAUGAAGCGUACCGCAUUCAAAAAGGCGACUGGGUCGUGGUGCAUGCAGCGUCCGGUGGGACAGGCACACAGCUUGUCAAGAUCGCCAAGCAUCUCGGUGCACAUGUCGUCGGCACUGCGUCCACCGAGCGCAAGGCCGACAUGGCACGCGAGCACGGCGCCGACCGUGUAGUUGUGUACAAGGAGGACGAGAUGGACGCGUUUGUCGACACAGUCUUAUCGCUCACCGACGGGAAAGGCGCCCAGGUUGUGUACGACGGCGUGGGCCGGACGACACUCGACGCCGACUUUCGCGCCGUCGCGCGCCUCGGCACCAUUGUCUCGUUUGGCCAAUCGAGCGGCGCGAUCGAGCCGCUGCCAUUGCAGCGCCUCUCCGAAAAGAAUAUCCGCAUCAUGCGUCCCAGCUUGUUCAACUACCUCACUACGCAAGCCGACAUGGAUAACCAACGUGUAUCGUGA